AUACCACCGUCGGAAUUGUUUUAUCUCGUGUUGUACGCUGCACGAGCCUGUGUAGUUGUGUGUUUGGUGUCCGGUCGUGAUUGUAAUUGUGUAUUUAUAUGUCGUUCCGUGCGAUGCACAACAAUCUCGCCGUGGUCGCCGCGGCUGCCGCUCAGAAGUGAACUGAACUUGUGCUCGUAAACUCAUCAAAUCAUCAUCAUCACGGUCAACAUUAAAAAUAAGUUUAUUGGCGUCAAACAAGUUAAAAUAUAAUAAAUAUAAAGUGCAUUAAAUGAUAUUAGUGACUUAAUUGAAGUUUAGUGGAAAUUUAAUUCAAAAUGGCUGUAAGUGCGGCAUUACCAUCACUUUAUGAAUAUUACACCAUGCCUCGAAUACACUCGGGGCUAAAUUCGGACAAACCUUACUUUACCUUAAAUGAUCGUAAUAUUACAAUUUAUUCCGGUGCCAUGCACUACUUCCGGGUACCCAGGGCUUAUUGGCGGGACCGUUUGAGACGGAUGCGUGCUGCUGGCCUCAAUACAGUAGAAACCUACGUGCCUUGGAAUUUGCAUGAACCUCAAGAAGGCAAAUUCGACUUUGGAGAAGGUGGUCAUGACAUGUCUGACUUUUUACACCUAGAAGAAUUCCUCAAAACCGCGCAGGAAGAAGAUCUCUUUGCGAUAUUGCGUCCGGGACCAUUUAUCUGUUCCGAAUGGGAGUUUGGUGGAUUUCCCAGUUGGUUGUUACGAUACAAAGGCAUCAAAGUCAGGACUUCACAGCAAAUGUACAUGCAACAUGUCACGCGAUAUUUUAACGUUUUACUGAAAUUGCUGGCGUUGUUUCAAUUCACACUCGGUGGCCCAAUUAUAGCCUUCCAAGUGGAAAAUGAAUAUGGCAGUACAGAGGCAAAGAACUUCAAACCUGAUAAAGUUUACCUGGAAGAACUAAGGCAAUUGUUUAUAAAUAAUGGGAUAGUGGAACAAUUAGUGACUUCUGAUUCACCUACGCAGCAUGGGGAUCGAGGGACGUUACCUCAAUACUUUUUACAAAUGGCGAACUUUGCUGGAAGUCCAGAUAAAGAGUUUGAUCAAUUGAAGGUGUUACAAGGGAACAGACCUAUCAUGGCGAUGGAAUUUUGGGCUGGAUGGUUUGAUCAUUGGUCAGAGGUACAUCAUACCAGGAAAAACACUGCGUUUCAACAAGUUUUAGAACAAAUUCUAAGAUAUCCAGCGUCUGUAAACAUGUAUAUGUUUCAUGGUGGGACAAAUUUCGGCUUUCUCAAUGGCGCCAAUAUUGCCGACAACUCCAUUGAUAACAAAGGUUAUCAACCGACGACGACAAGUUAUGAUUACGACGCGCCGCUAAGUGAGGCCGGCGAUUACACGGACAAGUAUGUCACCGUCAAAGAACUGAUCCAUCAAUAUUCCACAAUCAAAGUACGCACACCACAAACACCGAAGGUGAACCUACGGAUUGCUUAUCAGAGUAUUCCCAUUAGUGGACAACUCACUUAUGAGGAAAUUUUAAGUCGUUUGCCGUACAAGUUUGAAAGAAGUAGAUUAAUGCCAAUGGAAUACCUUCCAAUGAAUAAUAAUUCAGGACAAUCUUAUGGUUACAUUAUUUAUAGAAAGAAAAAUUUGGUUAUACCACCAGGUGGUGGACAGUUAAAAAUUUCCGGAAGAAUUUGCGACACUUUAAUGGUCUUACAAGAUGGCGUCUUGGUAACACCACCAUUACAACAAUCUAAAGACCUAAAUGGUCCUGGUUAUUGGAGGAUAAAGAAUACAAUUAUUGCAUUGAAUGCUUCUUCAAAACAAGGAUCUACUAUUGAUUUGAUUAUUGAAAACUGGGGACGUAACAAUUUUGGUAAACUAGAGCAAUUUAUGCAGUUAAAGGGUCUAUGGCAAGGACCUGUCAAAUUAGAUGAUAAAAUCAUUUACGAUUGGGAGAUAUACCCAAUGGAAUUUAAAUCGUCAUGGACUAAUUCAUUAACAGGAUGGCAUCCGGUUCAUAGUUGGCAGAAACCAAAACCAGCUUUGUAUAAAGCAGUUUUGAGGUUUGAAGAUGAACCAUCUGAUACUUAUGUGGAUAUGUCGAACUGGACAAAGGGUAUUGUCAUGAUAAAUGGGUUUGUGUUAGGAAGACACGCUGUAAUUGGUCCACAACAAAGUUUGUACCUUCCAGCGCCGUUUUUAAAACGCGGAGAUAAUGAAAUUGUAAUAUUUGAACACUUUUAUGCCAAUCAAGAGGUGCAGUUUGCUAGAAAUCCAAUUUUUAAAACAGUUUAAACAUCUGUAUAAAUUUUCAAAUUAUUUUAUUGUAAUUUUAGUUUAAUUUAAGUAAAAAAUAUAUAAAUAUGUAAUAAUUAAGAGAAUAUUAAAUGUAAGUCGAGUUGUGGUUGUAAAACUUAAAUCUAAAUGUCAUUAAACUGUCAUAGUUUUAAAAGAAUGUUUUAUAUAACCGCGUUUUUGGGUUUCUGAUUCGGGAAGCUUCCCAUUGGCGGUGGAGAUGUUGAGCUUGAUCCAGACGAAGAAAACAACUCAGUCAUUGUUCGUAAAUAAGCUGGGAUUUUGUUAUUGGCACAAAGUCGUUCUAAAAUAGUUUUUUUGUUCAGUUUGGCAGCUUCUAAAUGUUGUUCAGCUGUUACUGCCUGGUCAUCUAAGUGUAUCAAGUUUGGAAACAAACUAAUAACAUAUAAUCUACAAAUAAAUAAAAUAAAAUAAGUUAAGGUAAA